AUGCAGAUUGUUAAAUAUCUUGUCGAACAUGGAGCUGAUGUGAAUUCUGUAGACAAAUUUAAUUUUACACCACUUCACUUGGCUGUCAUGAAAGGCACACUCGAAUUGAUUGAGUUUUUAAUCACUCAUGGUGCAAAGGUAAAUGCCGAAGAUAAUUGGAAAUGGACGCCACUCCAUAGAGCUGCUCAGCGUGGCGAAUUUGAAAUUGUCAAAUACCUUGUCGAGCACGGAGCUGAUGUGACUUCUAGAGAUAUCAGUCAUUCUACAUCACUUCACGUUGCAGCUCGAUAUGGUAAACUCGAAAUGAUUGAGUUUUUAAUCACUCAUGGUGCACAGGUAAAUGCUGAAGAUAAUAAUAAAUGGACGCCACUCCAUAACGUUGCUCGAUAUGGUACAUAUGAUAUGUUUAAACAUUUAAUUGAACAUGGAGCAAAUAUAAAUGCUACAACUGUCGAAAACUAUACACCUUUGUUUUUGGCCGUUCAAAAUGGUAACAUGCAGAUUAUCAAAAGUCUUGUGGAACAUGGAGCUGAUGUGAAUUCUAGAGACAACAAUAAUCACACAGCACUUCACUGGGCAUCUCUACAUGGCUCAGUGGAAUUAGUUGAAUAUCUGAUCACCAAUGGUGCAAAUAUAAAUACUACAAAAUUGUCUUUGGUUGCUCGGAAUGGUAACAUGCAGAUUAUCAAAAGUCUUGUCGAACAUGGAGCUGAUGUGAAUUCUAGAGAUGUCAGUCAUGCUACACCACUUCACGUGGCAUCCUUACAUGGUAAACUCGAAAUGAUUGAGUUUUUAAUCACUCAUGGUGCAAACGUAAAUGUCGAAGACAAUAAGAAAUGGACUCCACUCCAUAACGUUGCUCGAUAUGGCACAUAUGAAUUGUUUAAAUAUUUAAUUGAACAUGGAGCAAAUAUAAAUGCUACAACUGUCGAAAACUAUACAGCUUUGUCUUUGGCUGCUCGUAAUGGUAACAUGGAGAUUGUCAAAUAUCUUGUCGAACAAGGAGUUGAUGUGAAUUCUAGAGAUAGCAAUCGUGCUACACCACUGCACUGGGCAACUCGAUAUGGCUCCGACGAAUUAGUUAAACAUCUGAUCACCUAUGGUAGAAAUUCAAUUACUAUACCUUCAUAUUUGGCUGCUGCGAAUGGUAACAUGCAGGUUAUCAAAAUUCUUGUCGAACACGGAGCUGACGUGAAUUCUAGAGAUAACAGUCGUGCUACACCACUUUACUGGGCAUCAAUACAUGGUACAUUUGAAAUGGUUAAAUACCUCAUCACUCAUGGGGCAAACGUAAAUACCGAAAAUAGUAAUAAAUGGACGCCACUCCAUAACGUUGUUCGAUAUGGCAAAUUUGAAAUGUUCAAAUAUUUAGUUGAACAUGGAGCAAAUAUUAAUGCUACAACUGUCGAAAACUAUACAACUUUAUCUUUGGCUGCUGCACGUGGUAACAUGGAGAUGGUCAAAUAUUUUGUCGAACAUGGAGCUGAUGUGAAUUCUAGAGACAAAGAUAAUCACACACCACUUCACCAGGCUGCUUCAAGUGGCUCAGUGGAAUUAGUUGAAUAUCUGAUCACCAACGGUGCAAUUAUAAAUGCUACAACUGUCGAAAACAAUACAGCUUUAUUUGUGGCUGCUGAAGAGGGUAAAAUGCAGGUUGUUAAAAGUCUUGUCGAACAUGGAGCUGAUGUAAAUUCUAGAGACAAAGAUAAUCACACACCACUUCACUGGGCAUCGAUACAUGGCACACUCGAAAUAAUUGAGUUUUUAAUCACUCAUGGUGCAAACGUAAAUGACGAAGACAAUAAUACAUGCAUGCCACACCAUUACGCCGCUCGAUUAGGCGAAUUUGAAAUUCUCAAAUAUUUAGUUGAACAUGGAGCAAAUAUAAAUGCUACAAUGUCCCACAAUUAUACAGCUUUGUUUUUGGCUAUUGCAAGUGGUAACAUGGAGAUUAUCAAAUAUCUUGUAGAACUUGGAGCUGAUGUAAAUUCUAGAGAUGAAAAUCAUGCUACACCACUUCACGUAGCAUCUGUAUUUGACAAACUCGAAAUGAUUGAGUUUUUAAUCACUCAUGGUGCAACGGUUAAUGCCGAAGACAAUGAUAAAUGGACGCCACUCCAUAGGGCUGCUGAAAUUGGCUUUGAAAUUGAAAUUUUCAAAUAUUUAGUUGAACAUGGAGCAAAUAUAAAUGCUAGAACUGUAAAAAAUGAUACACCUUUAUCUUUGGCUGUUCAGAAAGGUAACAUGCAGAUUGUCAGAUAUCUUGUUGAACACGGAGCUGUUGUGAAUUCGAAAGACAAAGAUAAUCACACACCACUUUACUGGGCAAAUCGAAAUGGCAAGGAAGAAAUAAAACAGUUCUUGAUUGAUCAUGGAGCAGAUGCGAAAGACAUAUAAAAUGAAACACCAUUUGAAAUCGAUUGCGGCAAUAAAUAGUACAUUCAAUCAUUAUUCAAAUGAAUCGUAUUUAAAAAAAAUGAUUGACCAUAUAAAAUAUAUUUGCAUAGGAGGACAUUCUCAAUUUUCAUAUAAUUAUUAAUUGAAUUAAUAAAAGUUCAGGACUGUCAAUGUUUGUUACAACGAUUCAUCUUUGCCUAGAUAUACGAGUAUGCUAACUAACUUGAAAUAUUGUCAUGUAAUAAAUCGCUUGAGAGCAGUGUUUGAAAAUUGAAA